GGUGACAUUGUAUAAAGUAUAAUGACAUAAAACUUUCUCUCUCUCCUCUUUCUCUCUCUCUAAUAACCCAUCAAACUUUUACCAAAAAAAAAGAAAAGAAAAGAAAAGAAAAAAAAAACCCUGAAGAACACACAAUGGUAUUUCCCCCCAUCCCAUCUAAUUAUCUUGAUCCAACCACCCAUCAAUGGCAACAGCAAACAACAAACCAUCAAUCUGGGAGUGGUACAAUGAUUGGAGGCAGCAGUUUUCAGCUGGCACCGUCGCCGCCAUCGUCACAAGUUCGGCCUGGGUCGAUGGCAGAUCGAGCCCGGAUGGCGAACCUGCCGGUGCCAGAGACAGCGUUGAAGUGUCCAAGAUGUGAAUCAACAAACACAAAGUUUUGUUACUUCAACAACUAUAGCCUCUCUCAGCCCCGCCAUUUCUGCAAGACCUGCCGCCGCUACUGGACCAGAGGCGGUGCCCUUCGAAGCGUCCCGGUCGGUGGAGGCUACCGCCGGAAUAAUAAACGAACUAAAAGUUCCUCAAAAUCUCCUGUUAACUCUCAAUGCCAACCUACUACUACUGAGCUUUCAGGAGGAGAAACAAUGAGAUCAAAUUACAAUAAUGCCAUUUCCAUACCAAAUGAAGGAGCUGUGGAUUCAACUCAUCAUCAUCAUCCCAUUGGGAUAUCCAACUUUUUAGGGUUUGAUCAAAUUCAAUGGCGACCACAGCUUCAACUUCACCAAACAACACACCCAUCUCCGUUGCUCGCAAAUUCAGCUCGGUUGCUAGGAAAUGGUGGCAUCAACUCAUCCUUGAGCUAUAGCAUCGUCGGAGAGAUUCAAAAGAAGAUGGAAGCGACAACGACAACGACGAAAAUGGAGGAAGAUGGGCAACAAGUAGAGGUGAAUGUGGGAAAGCCAUUUUGGGGAGUCCUUGGAGGAAAUGAUAAUCGCCAUUAUUGGAAUGGUUUUAAUCCUUCAUCUUCCUCUUCUCAUUCACAAGUAUGAAAGCUUCAUCAACAUCGAUCCUUUGAUAUAAUCUUUUUCUAGGGCAAAUUUAGGGUUCCAUGUUGAAGAACUAUUUUGAGUUAGUUUUUUUUUCUUUUUAAUGUGAAGAGGGGUGAUUCCAUUAAUGUUUUGUUAGAUUGUUACUUUCGUAAAGUCUAUGGUUUACGUGUAACACGUUUACUCACAAAAGAUCUCGAGUGUAGAUCUCUUGUGAGGAGAUGGAGAUGUUAUGGGUUCAUUUGACAAUGUUUCAUUUCUACUUUUCUUUUUCUUUUUA